CCAGGCAUCCAGCGCAGAGCUCCCGCUGCCCUGUGAGGGCUCCGCCGGAGCCUCGGCACCCAGCGCAGAGCUCCGCCGGCUCCCGCUGCCCUGUGAGGGCUCUGCCGGAGCCUCGGCAUCCAGCGCAGAGCUCCGCCGGCACUGCCCGCUCCCGCUGCCCUGUGAGGGCUCCGCAGAGCGGUUGCCGCUCCCGCUGCCCUGUGAGGGCUCCGCUGAGCGCUGCCCGCUCUCCCUGCCCUGCCCGCUCCCCCUGCCCUGCCCGCUCCCCGUGCCCUGCCCGCUCCCCGCCGCAGCCCCCUGGAGCCCCCGGCUCCCCCUGGCAUUCGCCCGCAUGAGGACCCAGCAGUGCCCCAGCGAGUCCAGCGGGGCUCACAGUGCCGAGAACUGCAGCAGCAGCGGCAGCUCCGGGCUCUCGCCGGGCUCGGAUUCAGACAGCAGCGGGGUGGUGUGUGGUGGUGGUGGCAUGAGAGGCGUCCUGUCCAGGUACUGGAGCUUGGAGAGUCUGCACUCUGCCACAGUGAUCACUGACGGAGGCCUGGACAAGACAGCCCUGACGGACGAUGUGGGCAGCGAGGAGGAUCUGUACGAGGAUUUCCGCAGCUCCGCCCACCGCUACGGCCACCCCGGGGGCGGCGGCGAGCAGCUGGCCAUCAACGAGCUGAUCAGUGAUGGCAGCGUGGUGUACGCCGAGGCGCUCUGGGACCACGUCACCAUGGAUGACCAGGAGCUGGGAUUCAAGGCUGGAGAUGUCAUCGAAGUGAUGGAUGCCACCAACAAGGAGUGGUGGUGGGGCAGGAUUCUGGACAGUGAAGGCUGGUUCCCAGCCAGCUUUGUUCGGCUGCGGGUGAACCAGGAUGAGCCCAUGGAGGAUUAUCCCCUGAAGGUGGAGGGCGGCAGAGAGGAGGAUUCCCGGCGCUUCGGGAUGGGCCAGACCACCAAAGACCAGAUGAGGACCAACGUCAUCAAUGAGAUCAUAAGCACAGAGAGAGACUACAUCAAGCACCUGAAGGACAUUUGUGAGGGUUACAUUAAGCAGUGCCGCAAGAGAGCCGACAUGUUUACAGAGGAACAGCUGAAGACAAUCUUUGGGAAUAUUGAGGACAUCUACAGGUGCCAGAAGAAAUUUGUUAAAGCACUAGAGAAGAAAUUUAACAAAGACCACCCACAUUUGAGUGAGGUUGGCUCAUGCUUCUUGGAAUAUCAAACAGAGUUUCAGAUCUACUCCGAGUACUGCAACAACCACCCCAACGCGUGCCUGGAGCUGUCGCGCCUGGCCAAGGUCAACAAGUACGUUUACUUCUUCGAGGCGUGCCGCCUGCUGCAGAAGAUGAUCGACAUCUCCCUGGACGGCUUCCUGCUCACCCCCGUGCAGAAAAUCUGCAAAUACCCCCUGCAGCUGGCCGAGCUGCUCAAGUACACCAACCCCCAGCACAGGGAUUUCAAGGACGUGGAGGCUGCCCUGAACGCCAUGAAGAACGUGGCUCGGCUCAUCAACGAGCGCAAGCGGCGCCUGGAGAACAUCGACAAGAUCGCCCAGUGGCAGAGCUCCAUCGAGGACUGGGAGGGAGAAGAUGUCCUAGUCAGAAGCUCAGAACUCAUCUAUUCUGGGGAAUUAGCCAAAAUCUCCCACCCUCAAGCCAAGAGCCAACAGAGGAUGUUCUUCCUCUUCGAUCACCAGCUUGUCUGCUGCAAGAAGGACCUCCUGCGCAGGGACAUCCUGUACUACAAGAGUCGCAUCAGCAUGGAUGACAUGGAAAUCCUGGAUGUGGAAGAUGGCAAAGACAAGGACUUCAAUAUCAGUGUGAAAAAUGCAUUCAAGCUGCACUGCAGAGACACUGAGGAAGUCCAUUUGUUCUGUGCAAAAAAGCCUGAGCAGAAGCAGCGCUGGCUGAAGGCGUUUGAGAAUGAAAGGAGGCAGGUGCAGCUCGACCAGGAGACAGGGUUUUCCAUCACGGAGGUGCAGAAAAAGCAGGCAAUGCUGAAUGCCAGCAAGCAGCACCAUGCUGGGAAGCCCAAGGCUGUCACCAGGCCCUACUAUGAGUUCCUGCUGCGGCAGAAGCACCCCACGCUGCCCAGCACGCUCCCCCAGCAGCAGGUCUUCAUGCUGGCCGAGCCCGCGCAAGCCCUCGAACUUCUGGCAGAACAUCAGCAGGCUGACGCCCUUCCGGAAAUAGGGCAGCCCCUGUUUGUGCCUGAAGCCCUUCUGAGAAAGCACUUUAUCCCUCCCUGCUGGCAGGUGGAGCCCAGGUUCAGCCAGCCCUGUGCCCACAGAGGAUGGCACAGGCGCUCCUGCCUUCCCUAUUUAUUGUGCAGCCCGGCUGACCCGCUGGCUCCCAGGUGAGGCUGCGUGCAGCGGUGCCAGCCCUGCCCUGCCCUGCCCAGCAGGCAAAGCUCCAGGAGCACACAGCAGGGAGCUGGACGGCUGCAGCCCGAGAGAUUUACCUUGUCAGCUGUACUGGACUCACUCCUUCCCGCUGUGCCCACACUGCUGGCUGGCAGCUGCCACAGGCCAGGGCAGCCCACGGACCCGCCGGCCCCAAGGCCGCUGCCGCGCUCACAACAACAGCUCAGAGUCCGUGGUGAGGAGGGAUGAACCUUCUGCUGUGCCCACCCCAUGCCCUGCCUUUCUCAGAGCUGUGAUCCUCCUCCACGUGUCCAGCUAACUCAGCAGCCUCUGCAGGCCCUCAGAGCACAGUGAGCACUGCACUGUGACCUCCUCCCUCCCUCCUUUAGUCCAGCAGCACCGGUGAGCGGUGCCCCACAUUAAACUGUGCCAACCUGCAGCAUGAGUCAAGUCGAAGAAUCUCUCUAGUGGGUUUGAGUUACAUAAGUUAGAGAAAAAUGUGCCUAAUUAAUACCAUACUCAAUUCUUUAGAUUCUUGUCUCUCCAUCAUUCUGCCAUAUUUCCUGGCCAAUGAAAAUGCUCAUUGUUUGUAAUGUGUUUAUUUAUGGUAAAAAUCAGAACUGUGUAUUUUGUAAGUCUGUAAUUGUUCUUGUCAGAUGUUGUUAACUUGAUGCCUGUUUUGUCUGUUUAAUUUUUCUUUUCCUUUUUUUUUUUUAAAGAAAGGUCAAUAUUUGCAAACCUAGCUCCCAGAAGUCAGAGUCUGCUGUUCAACUCUGCAACGUCAUUGUUAUGCAAACUCCCACAGACCCUCAAAUUCAAGGAGUGUUACUGACACUUUUAAAAAUGGAAAACCACUUGAUAAAGGCCUAAAUUUGGCAUAAAGAGCCUCACUUAAAGUACCCAAGUUUCAAAUGGUGGCCAAAAAGAAUGAAUUUAAACCUUGGUUAGCAAAAAGAAAGAUUUGCCUUACCAUAGUGAGAGUUAGAAGCCAUACUGACUGAAUUCCCUAGAUUAGGAGACAUCCUGUGACAGUGGAAGGAAGACACUGGCUCAUUCCAGCUCAAGUGUGAGUGAGCACUGUCUGCAGAGCUCAGAAAUCCAGUGUUUGUUGAUGCUGUAGCUGACCAAAGUCUGGUCAUCCAGGGAUAUCUGAAUUCAGUAGCAUGUACAAAGUCCUUCUUGCACUAUAUCUUCCCCCCAGAGCAGGGGCAACAUUUAAUUUCAUAAAGAAACUUGUAAAAGUGACUCUCAGCCUGUGUUUGUCUCCAGCCCGUCUAUCUGUGUGAAGCUGUUUCUUUCCAAAGCCUGUGGGGAUUGUUCUCCUGCAGCUCCACCAGGGGCUGCUCAGCCACAGGGGCCCUGCCAGGAGGUGACCUCAGAGCAGCCAUCCCAGCUGUGGGGACACAGGCACCGAGCAGAGGGGUCACUCUCUGCUCUGGGGGGGACACUGGGUCAAUGCUGGGGGGAGAGGGGGGCAAAAGGAGGAAAAAUUAAAAUAUUCUCUAAGAAGUUACUGAGAUGAGGCAGUUACAGCAGUAUUAGCCCAACUUAGACACACAGACACCAAGAGACACAGACAUGAGGACACUGAAGGACACCCAGAGACACACUGAGGCACUGCCAGGUGUGCACACACACCCACGGGGGGAGAUGGUGACCCUGUCACACAGACACACACACAGACACACACAGAGCUAUGUCAGCCAGCUGCAGCCAGCACCACCCAGCACCAGAAGGCAAUUGUCAUUUCUGUGUUUACCCUAAGUGUCUGCACCCUCCUUUCCUUAUCCAUGGCAUGUCUGUUUUGAUUGGCCAGGAAGAAAAGCUGUUGGCACUGAUGUUAUCAAUUUUCUGAGCUUAUCAUCAGCUUUGUAGUAAGUGGAGGGGGGUAGAGGGGCAGAGGGCAAUCCUCUCCCCAGCACAGAUCCAGGAUCACACCCACACUGAGCAUGGCCAGCUGUGACAGGUUGCUCAUAGUCCUGUCCAGUUGCUAUCUGGGUUCACUCAAGGAUGGAGAUUCUCCCCAAAGCUCUUUGUAUCCCUCCCAAAGCCACUCUGUCCCCAGUGUGAAGGAAGUGCUGACAUCUGUUCAGAGCUCCCCUGGCUGCAAUGUCUGAUCUGGUCUUAGGCAGAAUGUUGCUCAGUACACUCAGCAUUACAUCUACAGUGAAGUCACUCUGGUAGAAAUCCUCACCUCUUCUCCCAAGGGAAAUGGGGUGACAGUGGCACAGGACCUGGAGUGCAGCAGCUGUGAAGUGCAACAACCCUGCCCUUCCUGCCCCCUGAAACACACAGGAAUUGGCUGUUACUGCUUGCCUGUGUAGCAAUACUCUGAACAGUCAAUAUGCAUCCAGUGGUUAAAACAAUCACACCAUUUAUCAGCUCUUCCAGAACUGGCUGCGCCUCUGACCAGUGCACACAAAGGAUUUACAGAGACACUUUUUUUACAGACAUUUCUCAAGUGCCAAACCAGACUUCUCUGGCCAGACAGCAUCCCAGUCACUGGGCAGUUAAUUACUUCUGGAAGAAUUGUACUCUCCACUGGACCAUCAGUACUCUUUCUAAGAAGUGUCCUCAGUUUGGAUUCUAGUCUUGCACACCACAUUUGGAGCUAGGAUCCAAUUCCCUAUGCAAGACUGAGAUCAGGUAAAAAAGCUGCUCACACAAAGUGCUGGAGUUACAGCAGCAGCAGCACAGAAACAGGUAAGGCUCAAACCCACAAACCCAUUGUGCUCAACAUGCCCACCCCACAGACUGCUCUGAAGAGGAUUCAUCACAAAAUACCAUCCUCACUUCAACAGCAGCACCACCUCCCAACUCUCACCAUAACCCUGGGUGUUCCCUGAACAAACUGUCACAGAUCAGGUGUAACCUCCUCAGGUUUAAGUGAUCAGACACUCAGAGUCAUCUCAUCCCCCAAGUUACUCAUUAAAUGGCAAAGUUAGCUGUGUGUGAGAUGGUAACAGAUUAACCCAGCCCACAUUUCCCUGCUGCACCUGCAUUUGGGCUGGAGGGGCUCCCACAGCUCAGGCAAUGGGCAGCACUGGGGUGAACCCUCAGUUCAGCUGGGCUGGGCUGUGCACAGAGAGCAGAUCCCAAAGGCAUCAGCUCAACCUGGGAGAAUGGGGUUCUGGCUGGCCAAGGACAGCUCUGACAAGAUCUCUGGGCUAAAUGGACAAGAAGUGCCAGUUCCACAAGAAGUGUCCAUUUGAACCAUGAAGAAUCAGAGCUGUGAGAUAUCAGGAACUUUUCUCUGGAGGUGAACCUUCAACAGGGGCCAGAAAUGCAGACUUGUGUACAAAACAAACUGAAGCUCCUGAUGUGAGUAUGAACAACACCAACCCUUCUGGAUUUUAGGUUAGAACCAGCUAAACUCCACAGAAAAACAGUUCUGCACAGAGGUACAUAAAAAGUACAAAGAGAUUGAGUCAGGGGUGGUUUGGGGUUUUUUUUAAGGGUGUUGGUUCUAGCUGUUCCUCUCCUUCUGCAGAUAUCCAUUUAGGAACCUUCUUGUGAAAACAGCCAAGAUUCUUAAUUAUCUAAAUCUGCCCAGAUUUCAUUUGGUCAAAUAAAACACAGAAUUAUGUAAAGGAUGUCAAUCAAAUGAAAGAUGAUUUCCUGAAGCUACCAGUUCAGUGAACCAGUGGCUACUAAAUAACAGUCUGUGUUCUGAUCAAAAAAAAAAAAAAAAAGGAAAAAAAUCUAUUUUAAACUAUUAGUUUAGAAUAUCUGAUUCAGACACUGUGGGUGUAUACACUUCAACUUCUAAUAGCAUCAGAACCAGCACAAACUGUCUUUGUGCUAACUCAAAGUGAGAACUAGGUCAGUUCCCAUGGAGAGAAGAGUUCCCCCAAGGCAGCCUUUACUGUCUCUCCAGUUUUGCCCAUUCCCUGAAGGACAGGGGGGUGUCAGCUCAGAGGAGCCCCCUCUGUGUCCAGCAGAGUCCUUGGCUCACACGUGCACUGCAGGAGAUUCCCUCUGUGCAGGACACUGCUCUGCCAUCCAGGAGCCAACCAUGUGCCAACCAUCUGCACCUGGGUGUCCCCAGAGCUUCCCAAAACCUCCUGAAAACCAGGUCACCAACAGGUGUAACUCAGAAUCCAGGCACCUGCCAGUAACAAAAGAAUCUCAGCUUCACAUCGAGAACACUUCAUUUCUUGGGAUGCCACAAUGACAGAAAUUAACUUUUUUAAAUGGAAAGCCCCUUCACCUGAUGUGUCAAAAUAUCAGGCUGUGCUCCUCCAGAUUUACUGCAGUGAAGCACACCUUCAUGUAACAGCAUCAUUGAAGAAGUCUGUGGCAAGACUGGCAUGCAGCCAUCAGUGUUUUGAACAAGUUUGCACCACUCUCCCCCCAGACUCUGAGCUGGCAGCACCUGGCAGGUGGGGCAGCAUCCAGCAAGUGCUGAUUCCUUCUUCAUUGUUACUAUUUCAGUUGUCUUCAUUCUCCUGUCAAGUUCCACCAUGUACCUGCUCAUGAGGGGUAUGGGCAUUGCAAAGCCCAUCUGACAGUGAGUAUGGCACAACAGAACUGCUCAAGCUUUAAGGAGGGAACUGCUCCCACCUCAUUAAAUGCUGGAGCCUCAGCCUGUGCCUGCUGUGCUGCUCACGUUCUCUACCACAGGGGGAGGACUCACCACUGCUACUGACAGCAGCAGCACCACACUGGUACAACACAAAAUAGCAACCACAGUGUCCUGUACCAGCCACCAGCAGGAACUCCUGUCCCAGAGCUCCCAGCCCAAGCAAAGCUGGGGCUCAGGUCUUCAGGUAAGUAAUGGGUUAAAGAAUAAGAACUUUGAUAGUGGAUAAAAAUGAACUGAAACAAGCACAAGUGUUUUCAGCUGAUUUAAAGCCCCUGAAGACACAGUGGUGCUCUUUCAGCUGGACAGUGUGGGGAGGAAUCAAUCUUCAGGCUGCAGUGCCCCACCAGUGCAGCUCCUGUCAGUGAGGCAGUGCAAGGUGCAGCCAGCAGUGUGAGCUGGCAGAAUCCAGAAAUGCCUCCAGGGACCACAGCUCAGGGCAGCAGCGUGGAGUCUUCUCCUUUCCAGUGCCAGGCUGCAGACUCUGCAGAAGCCAAGGUGCUCCUUCCCAGCCUCACAGCAAUCCACCUGCCCUGCCUUGCCAUGAACACCUCACACCUUAUUUCUCCCAUGUGUCUCACACAUGUCCUUAGCAAGCUCCAUGACUCAAAUCCCAUGGCUUUGGCAGUGCUGGCACUUCUAGGAAAAAUGCAGGCUGCUUGUUCUUUUUGCUCAACACUCCUGGCAUCUUCCCCCCUGCAACUACACCCCUCCUCUCCCCACGUCCUGAGCUUCUCUUUGCACAAGUUUGCUACCAAAGCAGCUCCCUGUUCACAGCCUGUGCAAAUGAAAUACCUGUGCUACUGACCCCAGAGCUGUGUACCUUUGUGUGUGACUGCCUACAUUUACACUUGUGAGAUGGGAAAUAAACAAGCUAUCAACUUGAA